AUGUCCGGCCCAUCCUCAACACAAAAGGCUGCAGUGCCAAUUGCACUCUCAUUUGAGCAAAUUGACGAUCUCAUCUAUGAUGCCCGGGCAGGCGACCUCGAGGCCCUGACCGCUGAUCUAGCCAGCCAAGCUGCCCAGCACAACUGCGCCGAGUCUCUGAUCGUGGCAUCUGCCAUCGACACUGAGGACGAAAACGAGGGCGGAACAGGCUCAUGCGUGUUGCAUUUUCCCGCUGCGAAUGGGAAUAUCGAUAUCCUCAAUUUUCUUUUGCAAAAACUGUCCACCGUUGAAGACACCGCUCUGCGCACUGCGUUCGUCAACCACCGCAAUUACUCAGGAAACACGCCCCUCCACUGGGCAGCACUGAACACGCACUUGGAAUGCGUGAAGGCGCUUGUCGAAGCCGGCGCUGAUAUUGCGGUCAAGAACGACGCUGGUCAUGACGCCGUGUUCCUGGCGGAGCGGGCUGCAUGGGAUGCCGCUGCUGAGAACGAGGACGAGGGCGAAGCUGAGCAGACGCAAGAAAUUGAGAUGACAAUCGGUGACGAGGAAGACCAGAGCCAGAAUCAACAGCCUUCCGAGAGCGCGGGCGAGAUUUCGGCAGGUCGGCAGGUUGUUGAGUGGCUGUUGGGAUCGGAGAAAGGGGCGGCGGGACUGGAGAGCAGUGCGAACGCUGCAGAGGGUGCUGCAGAGGGAUCUGCAUGA